CAUAAGCACUAUUAUCUCAAUUAUUAGUCCUACACGGUAAAAUCUAAUUCACGAAUGAAAAUAAACAGGUUGACUCACGUGAAAUGACAUCAAGUCUAACGUAAAGUAGUUAAAAUGUCAUGGUAAUUUCAACAAGGGAGUUAACCCACUCGGAUCUAAUGUACAUAUCAUGUCGACGGCGCCAGGUGCAUCGAUCUCGGGAGCGACUUUAGGUGGGUUAGACCCAGUCUCGGCCUCAACCUCCGAAAAACACGCGAGCAUGCCUGGUGCCAUGCCACGUGCUGCAGUUUCAUCUACAGCGGUGGAUCCGGCGGCACCAACCGCGAGGACUAAGUUGCGCAGUUGUGUGACGUGUCGCACCCGUAAGGUGCGGUGCGAUAAGAACUCACCAUGUUCGAAUUGUCGUCGAGCGAAUAUUCCCUGUGUUUUUCCAUCCUCGGAUAAACCGCCAAGAUGGGCUCGCCGACUUGAGCGCGUCGCCAAUAGCGCUAAGGCUGUGCAAGAUGCCAAUCCGGAGGUCAACCAGGUUAUGGAUAGGUUGCGGAGUCUUGAAGGUCUUGUUAAGGAGCUAAGCAGCCAGUUAGAGCAGGCGCAUGCUGCGAAUAAUGACCGAAGUUCGCCUCCCGCCAAUUUCUCCGGGAACUCAGGCCAGGAUCGCAAAGUGGACUAUCAUAUCGAAUCUUCUUCAUUAUCAUCCAAAAAUACACCUAACUUGAAUGCACAGUUUGGUAGACUGGUUCUGGGAGAUUCUGGUCGGAGCUCCUAUGUAAGCAGCGGCUUUUGGUCGCGCGUCAACGAUGAGCUCGAUGGUCUAAAGAUGGACGCUGAAGGUCUCACUGGUGGCGACUAUGAUAGCUGUGAAGAUGAGGACUCUCCUGGAAAGACCCCUUCAUCGACCCAAGAGGUUGAUCGAACACCCUCAGAACGCUCUGCGUUUCUCUUUCGACACAAUCUAAGUCCACUAUCGCCUGAUAUUCGAGAGCUUCGCCCUCUGCCUUCUCAACUACCGUUCCUUCUGAAUGUCUAUGCGGAAAGCGUCAAUGUAAUGUGCCAAGGGGUUCAUAUACCAACCGUGGCCAAGAUGAUACGAGACCUACGAGGCGGAGACCUGUCCACUCUCAGUCCAGCCAACGAGGCUCUAAUAUUUGCUAUUAGUUAUGCUUCCGUGACAUCGAUGGAUGAUGAUGAUGUUAUGACAUAUUUUGGUUGUUCUAAAUCUGAGCUUAACCUGAAGUAUCGCCUCGGGGUAGAGUGUGCCCUAGCAAAGGCAGAUUUUCUCAAUGUCCCUGAUAUAACUCUUCUACAAGCUUUUGUCAUAUUUCUAUUCUUACUUCGGCGUCAUGAUAGUCCCAGAUUUAUAUGGAUGAUGACUGGUCUUGCUAUCAGGAUGGCGCAGGCCUUGGGUUUGAAUCGGGACGGCAGCCGAUUUUCUCAUCUUACCCCGUACGAAAUCGAAAUGCGAAGGCGUAUGUGGUGGUGUGUUUGCGCUUUAGACAUAAGAGCCGCGGAGAACCAAGGAACUGACCUUACUAUUACUCAUGGAAGCUUCGAUACGCAGAUGCCUUUAAAUAUUAACGAUACGGACCUUAGUCCCGAAACCAAGGAAAUACCAGAGGAACGAGAAGGCAUGACAGACAUGACCUUCACACUCGUCACCAUGGGCCAAUGCGACUUGACACAACAAAUGAUGGCCAUAAGCCUUAAAGAUGGAGCGCCUCGCCUAGAAGAACAAAAUCGUCUUCUAAACGAAUUCGACAAACGACUAGAGCGCAUAUACCUCCGAUACGCUGAUGCAACGGACAACAUAACUUACUGGGUAGCGGUGACCAUCGCGCGUCUUGUCGUCUCCAAGAUGAGUCUCAUCAUCUACUUUCCGGUACUCUUCUCUUCACCGUCACCAAGUCAACACGCUUCGGACGAAAUCCGCGCGAAGUUGCUCGUCGCAGCUAUCGAAGUCGCGGAGUACAACCACGCGCUCAACGCAGAAAAUCGGUGUCGCCAGUGGCGCUGGAUCUUUCAGACCUAUACACAUUGGUAUGCCGUCGUGUAUCUCUUAAUCGAAGCCGCGCGUCGUCCAUGGUCUCCGGCCCUUGAGCGCGCGUGGGUCGCGCUACAUAGUGUCUGGCUCAUUCCCGCGCGGUCGGAUGCGGAGAAAGGUGGGCAGCGUAUAUGGGUCCCACUUCGCAAGUUAAUGGCUAAGGCCCGACGACAUCGUGAUGAGGAACUUGAGCGUCUACGUGCUGAUACUCAGGCCGCGCGCCAACUUGAAAUUGAGGAUCGAUAUGCCCCGCAGCCAGCCAGUCAGGGCCCACUUCCAGGGUCGGAUAGUGCCGAGAGUUUUCGUGAGAGGUGGCGACGACUCGUGGGAUUGCCGUCGGUAUCGGACUCGCAAAUAACUGAGCAACCUAGUGCUUCUGGGCCUUCCGUGCUGUCGGAUUUUACUCAUCCUUCUGUAGGAGUGAUCGCCCCGAGUUGUAACUCUAUCCCUGUGUAUAGCUCGGACGUCCGACGGGGAUCCGAGUACACUUCUAUCCAGCCGAGCGCAUCUCAUAAUAAUGGAUUUCCAGUAUCAACGUCCAAUAUCUCCAUAGGACCGCAACUAGGAGUAGACCCUUCAGGCCCUGCUGACUUAUCUGACAUGCGGUCCCUGGGCGCAGGUUUUGGGGCGUGGUUGUGGGCUGAUGCCGAUUCGUCGGUCGAGAUGUUCGCGGAUUUAGAUACAGAGGCUGCGGGUCUAAAUGUUGACUCCGAUGGUGAUAUUGAUUGGAACAAUUGGGUUGAAUCGGCUACGGGAAUGGAGAGAUCGGAUGGGCAGCUGCCAGCUACCUAGGUACCUAGGUAAUGAGCGGUUUAGCUGAAUUCUAAGAUUUGGUUUACUAUGCACUCCGCGUGGGGGUACGAUGUUCGUAGAUUAUUCUUGUUUACUGUUGAUUGAGGUCGUUAAUAGAGUGUGUUACUUGCUAAGUUCUAUGAAUAAUGCCAUAUAUUUUGUU